AUGUCUUUGGCCUCAAAUUCUCGGUCUUAUGGUCAAAAUGAAACACUCAUUUCAUCUAUUCGUAAUAUUUUAAAAGAUUAUUCUCAUGAAAGCAUAUUUAAAGAAUUUCUUCAAAAUGCUGAUGAUGCUGGGGCUACACGUUUUCAUGUAAUCAUUGAUAGUCGCUCACACCCUACCAACUCUUUACUUAGUGAUGAAAUGAAGGCUUGGCAAGGGCCUGCUAUUUUGUUUUUCAAUAAUGCACAAUUCAAAGAACAAGAUUUUGAUUCUCUCAUGCAAAUACGUGUUGGUGGAAAAUCCGAUGAUGAUACAAAAAUUGGAAAACACGGAUUGGGAUUCAAUUCAUGCUACCACUUCACUGAUGCCCCCAGUUUCAUCAGUGGAGAUUCUAUUGCGUUCUUGGAUCCUCAGGAAAAAUUCCUGCCAAAGAAAAAUGGCCAUCUUCAACGUGGCAUAAUUGGCCCUUUUCCCAAAAAUGGCAUUCGUGGGUUUUCUGAAAGAGAUCAACUAUCUCCUUUUGAAAACAUCGAAGGUAUUGAUUUUCAAUCAACUUUCGAAGGAGUACUCUUCCGAAUACCACUUAGGCAACAACCAAGUGAAAUAUCUGAUAGAAUUUUUUCUAUUGACGAUGUCCUUGGAUUGUUCAAGAGCAUUAAAUUAAAUAUAACUUCCUAUUUUUUGUUUCUUCGAAAUAUCGAAGAAAUUGAAGUGUCACAUAUACCAGAAGCUACAUUUCCAUUCAGAAUUCAAAUAACUUCUCUCUGGAAAGCAACUGUAAUUGGAUUAGAUGAAAAUGCACGAAAUAAAAGAAACAAUAUUGUUAAUGGUAAAAUUCAAAUUUUUCAGAUGGAAAUUGAAUUAAUUGAUGAUUCAAACAACAAGCAAAAUGACCAUUGGAUUAUUGCAACUGGUGCUCAAAAAGACCCCGAAGAUCCUCAAUUGAAAAAAUAUGCAAAGCAAUAUCGAUUACGUGUAUUAGGAGGUGCUGCUAUUUUACUUAAAAGCCUAAAAAAUAACCUGGAAGAAAAUAAAAAUCAGAAUGACUUUAAAGGAAGAAUGUUUUCUUUUUUUCCAUUGCCCGAUACUACAUGUUUGCCUGUUCACCUUAAUGGAACCUGGGCUCAAAGUUCAGAUCGUGCAAGCCUAUUACUCGAAAAAGAUAAUCUGCAAGAUUUAGAUCAUCAGAAACUUAAUUGGAAUAGACAUAUUCUGCUUGAGUUCCUUCCAGAAGUUUAUUGCCGGCUCUUGGAAGAAAUUCUUAAAUUACAGAAUAAUAAAAAAAUUGAUCCUAAUAGAUGCAAUUCAAAGCUUUGGCCCUUUCCAUCUGCCACAGAAAAUGUUCCAAACUACAUAAUUAACUAUGGUUGUAAAGUACUCCAACGUAUAUUACAAUGCGAAAACAUUUUCCAAUUAAUAACUUCUGACUAUUAUAUUUCACAUAACACCAAUGUCGUUUUUACUAAUGAAAAUACCAAUGUGGACAAACUUUUCAAAUGCUUGUCACCUAGUCGCAUUGAAACUUUCCAUCAAUUACUACGAAAUAAAUGGUCAGGAAUAGUAGAUGUGAAGAAUGAUCAUAACCUCAAAUCAAUAAUCCGCUCACUGCCUAUUUGGCCAACACGACAGAACCCCUCGAUGCCAAAACUCAAACCAAGCUUUGUGCCAGUUUCAAAAGGGUACCUUCUGCCAAAGAACUUUACCAUGUAUCGAGCAAAAAGCACCAAUUAUUUUUUAAAAGUUUCUGAUUAUCUGGAUGGUGUGAUUUUGCGCGAACUCGAUGCUCCCGUAAGAGACAUUCGCUCAUACGCAUCUGAAGACGUUGAAUAUCCUGAAGAAUCUGAUCAAUGCUAUGUGGAUUAUAUAGAUAGUAUACUCUCAUGUGGAAUUAACAUUACUCAAGAUUUAAAGGAAAGGAAUUGUUUUCCCAAUGCGUUUACAAAUGACUUGAAGCAAAUUGCUGACCUGUAUGAUUAUAAUAAUAUUGUUUUUCGAACUGUAUUUGGAGGAGACUCAAACAAUUUCCUUCAUUUAAAUCUCUUAAAACAUUCAACAAGAUUAGCAAAGAUUGGGUUUAAUAACAAAAUCGAUCAGAAAUCAUUCAUUAAAUGUGCUGUGAAAGUUGAAGAAUUGCAGGAACUGGGUAACCCACCAUCUGAUAUACGCUAUCGUGGAUUUAUUUUGGUUGAUCAUUUUUAUAAAAAUAUCAACAGUUUUGAAUAUAAUGGAAUUGAUAGGAUUCCAUUUGUUCCAAUUGUUAAAUGUUUGGAUAAACAUUACAGUAAAUACUAUAAUCAUACUCAAAUUUUAGAUUGCUUUAAAAAUGUAAUACUUCCUGAAUAUAAAGAAGUUGCAUGGAGCCAAAAGCCAUUAAUUCCAGAAGAUGUCAUACCACCUAAGCAUGUGCUUGAAAAACAUCCAUCACUUGGUAAGCCAAAUGUUCCUACUGUAAUCAAACACCUCCGCUUUUUGCGUAAAAAACUUAUAGAAGAUAGCGAAUGGAUGAAUUGGAAAGAAACAUUCGUUUUUAAUGUUUUUAAAGUCUAUGAAUGGCUUGAUGGAAAAUGCUUAAAUGAAGGUCUCAGUCUAAAGGAAUACAUCAAUUCAAACGAAUUACUAUUCCUUAAUUUUAAUAAAAAUCAAGAUCCAUUUGACACUGAAAACUGGGUAUCUGCAAAAAAUUUGGUUUUGAAUGCUGAACCAAAUGAGGAAAAAUAUGUAAACCCUCGUCUUGCUAAAUAUCAUACAAUGCUAAAAAAUGCUGGUGUCCAAGAAAUAAGACCACCAAGUUUCACAAUAAAGGUUAGAGAAUAUGAUCAGGCAAAUAUAAACAAAAGUUCCACUCUAGGAUUUUUAUUAAGUGACAUGAACUUUUUGCAUGAUGUUAUUUUUAUUGUAAAUGGUGAAGAAAUACGAGCAAGUCGAUAUGUACUUGCUGCAAGCUCUAAGAUUUUCCGUCAGAGAUUCAAUUCGGAAGAGCAUGCAAACUCAAGCGCAGCUAAUCCGUCUAGGAUCACUAUUGGAAAUGUUAGCUCCAACUCGAUGAAGAUUUUGUUGCGUUACUUAUACGGUCAGAAUAUCAAUGACGCAAUUUGGGGUAAUCAAAGUUCAAAUCAAUAUCAAAUAUCAAAUUUGGAAAAUUUGGAAUUAUAUAGGGACCUACUUGAAUUAGCAAAUAAUUAUGAACUAGAUCAUUUAAAAGAUUUUAUGGAAUUAAAGCUCUCUCAAUUGGUUAACAGAACAAACAUGGAAGAGAUAGAAAGUUUAGCAACAGAUUUAAAUGCAAAACAACUCGAACAGUAUUGUCGUUGUUUUAUUCGUGAUAAUGAAAAUUUAUAA